AAAGAGGGAGAGAAAGGGAGGAAAAGAAAAAACAGUAAAACGAGUUUCAUAGUAUCUGGAAAUCGCCACUGAUCCUAAGUCAAAAGAAAAUGUAAUAGAUGCAGAUGUAGCAAGCUCAGUGUAAGGUAGAGGAUUGUGUUACUGAUAAAGGAAGACAAACAAGGGACGUAAGGACGACCACGGACAUGGAGAACAGCAAGAUGCAAAUCACAGCCCUUGGACGUGUGUUUAUUUAUGUACAGGGUGCAAUGUGCAAGGCAAGGACGACAUGAAGCUUGGAUGGCUUUUGGGGAGAGAGAAGGAGAGAGGCGUGAGAGAAUGUUCUCUGGGCAGACGCUGUCCUGUUCUGGUAUACUUGUACAGGACAAAAGCUGCUGUAAGAGAUUGGGAAGAAAGGAAUAAUCAUCCUCGAUCAAACAACAUGGCCCAUGAAUGCAACUUACCUUGUCAAGCAGAGUUACGUGGAGUUAUUUCAAACCUGGAGCAGAAAUUAGGACACCACAUUGACAAUCUUAUCGAGCAGGACAACCUCUCCAGCAGUGUAGUCUCCAGAGAAAUACCAUUGUCUUGCACUAAUUUUAACUCUGAUUCAAUCCUCGAUGUUUUGCGUCAAAACAAUUUCCAGGGGAAUGAUGAGGUCCCUUCAAGCCCACUGAUGGGAGGCAAAAGUAGUGGUAUCACAGGUACUGGAGCAGACAUAAACUCCCAUGAUACAAAGUCAGACACUGUGUUUUUAAACUCAGCUGCUCUUGAGCAAUACUCUGAUGUAAGCAGCUGUUCUGACUUGGAUAUGGACAGGACGAUGUCUUAUGUGGAGUUGAAACCUGACUGUAACCAACACAUUGAAAUCCACAGAGAUGAGAGCACUUUGGAAGGUAGCACUUUUGAAAUUCCCUGUUCUUCUCUUCACCACAAAGAUGUAUCUCAGAAUUCACUGGAACAUUCAGAUUCAAAUGGAGACGAUGAAAGCGAUGACCCUAAACAGAAUGCAUGUGACCUUCACACUUUAGAAGCCACCUCAUGUGGUCAUGUGUCAUUCCUCUCAUCAGUUUGCGGCACAGCUGAGGAUUUGAGAGAACAUUUUGAAGGUGAGGAUACAGAAUGCAGAGAAGGCAUGGUUGUGGACCAGGAUGAUCAGUACUCAAAUAUGAAAGCUGCCACAGAGGUCGAAGGGGGGCAGUCUCCUGUAAGAGUAGAUGGAGGGAUGGAUGGGGACCAUUCCACAAUACAGGGCUCUGAUGGUGCACGAGCUUUCGUCAGUGCCCCAGAUUGUCAAGAUGUGACUGGUGAACCCCACAUUUGUAUAAGUACCUUUGAAAUGAAUGCUGUAGAAGCAAAUUCUGUCACUCCAGUUUGUGACUGUAAUUGUAUGGACCACUCUGACAUGUCAACAAAGGAUAGUGUUCCCGGUGAUGCGGUCACUGAGGGCAGUGAUCUAGACCUUCAGUCUUGCAGUAAAUCUUCACAAAAUCUUCAUUCAGAAAUGUGUGGUCAAAAGCAACUUGGCAUGGACUCUAUUAACAAGAAUUAUAUCCUUGAGAAGAGAGAGGGUGAUUCUUUUGACCCCAUUAACAGUGAAGGGGAGCGUAGCAGCUUUGAAUUCUUGAAGCGCUGUUUAGGCCUCAGAAACUUUUCCACAGGUAGCAGCCUGGGAAAGGAAGGGGAAGCACUAACUGAGGAGGAGACCAUUAUUUCCCCUGUUGGAGAAGAGGUAGACCAGGUUUUACAUGAAUACUCAAUGCCCCGAACUUUCCCACCCACCCUGGAGCCAGUGGAUUUGGAACAUUCCUACAGGGAACAAGAGAAGUGA